GUUAAACUCAAGAGAUUUUCUUUCACAUUCAGCCAUACAUUUCGCCGAUGCCGGCUUUGCAGCUGGUUUGCGCUUCAAGCUUCUACUCCGACACCGAGGGGGCUCACAUCAAUGAGGCCAUGCAUUUGCCAGGUGGUGACCCCGAAGAUGGGCUGCCUGAGGGACCAGAGGAUGUGGCUGAUCCACACGUGCCGAGAAAGUUGUUGGAUGAACACAUGCUCCGAGAUAAGACCGUGAAAGGGCUGGGCCCCUUCGGGCUGCGAGUACUUGGACGGAGGCUCUUUGUUUGCAACUCAGAUCAAGACGAGCAGCUGGAGGAGAAUGGUCAAUGUGGCGUGGUGGGGACCAAGUUUCAACUGCCAGGCAUCACCCUAGAUCUCCAGUCCGACCGCGUGGUGCUGCCAGUGCGGCGCUGGGAUGUGGAAAAGAUGGUGUGGACUGCAGAACAGGCUCCGCACGUGAUGGUGGAGAAGUACAAGCUGCCACAGGGUGCUGACGGCAGAGUGGAUUUCGACAUGUUGCCGUCGAUGCCCAAGAAGAUGACUCGAUUCAGUCCUGGGGAGGCGCCUGACCCUAUUGAGGCUGCCAUGCCAGGCAUGGUGCCUUGCUUGGUGUCCUUGCGGAGAAAGGUCAGGAACAAAGCUUUCCUUGACCUUUGGUGACCAGGACAGUUUUCGUGGAUGAGAGAAGCUGAGCCCUAAUUCGCUUCUUGCUCGGCUGAGUGUGGAAUUUGGCUGGCGCUCAUGUCUGUGGACUUGUUC